ACAAAUUUUUCUACAAUUGGAUUGUUUAUGAAAAAAUAUAAAAAUUGCAAAUUUUAAAUUAAAAAAUGUCUAUAAAAUUAUAUUGCUGCUUGUGCUGCUCACCUAGCAAUGAAUAUAAAUCAUUACAAAACGAGCAGGGGGAAUGCAAUGAAAUCUAUGAAAUGACAGUCAAAUAUUUUGAUCCCAUGUUACUCACAGAGUAUAAUAAUACAAAAUGUUCGAAUGAUAAUAAAAUACUUUGCCAGGACUGUUGGUUGCACAUAAAAGAUUUUCAUGAAUUUCAACAGAACGUAAUAAAAACAAGAACAUUACUGGAAGAGACAGAGAUUAAGCAGUUGCCAUUGCAAAUAAAAUUAGAGGAGGAGCAGGUUUGCUCUGGAACAAAUAAUGAAAACAAAGAUGUGGCUCAAGGUGAUGAGGAAUUGACACAUUUUGAAGAUAUGUUAAUAAAAAAUGACUCAGAAGAUGAUGAAGACGCCCUAGGCGAUAAUGAUGUUAGAAUAUUUGAUCAUGAAGAAAAUUAUGACGAUGAUGAGGAUGAAGAUGAUCAGAAACCUUUAAUUGAAUUAAAAAAAUCUAAAAAGUCUAUGAAUUUAACCGACAAAGAUAACAAUCAAACUGAAGAUAAACCACAAAAUGGCCCGGAGGAUGACAAACCUAAAGCACGUAGAGGUCGUAAACCUAAAGAUUUUAAUAAAGAACAAGAGGGAGAAAAUAUCGAUUAUUUGGAAAAACCACCUAGAAAAAAAAGAAAAAUGAAUGACACAGAAAAACCUAAAAAGAAUUCUCGCAUCAAUUCUGGCCUAGAAAAAGGUCGAGAAUCGGAUGAAUUUAUAGCGGAAUGGAAACCUCUACUGGAAUGUGAUAUCUGUAAUGAAACAUUUCCUGUUUUCGAUUUGUUGAAAGGACAUUUUAAAGAUAAACAUAAUGCAAGAUGUUAUAUUAAAUGUUGUGAACGUAAAUUUUAUCGACGUUGUGUGCUAGUCGAUCACAUACGGUUGCAUAUUAAUCCGGAAACCCAUAAAUGUGAUAUAUGUGGUAAACCCAGCUCUAGUAAAUACAAUCUUAAACUUCACAAGAAAGUUGUACAUGAAGAAACUGAACAAUUUGAAUGUGAAAUUUGUCAUAGGUCGUUUAAUCAAAAACCCAAUUUGGAACGUCAUUUACUAACACAUGCUACGGGCAGUAAAGAUUUCAUUUGUAAGGAAUGCGGUAAGGGUUAUGUACUAGAAGUUCAACUUAAAUCACACAUCAAAACGGUACAUAGUGAUAAUCGUGUAUGUGAUCAAUGUGGUAAAACUCUGCAUGGUAUUGGAGCACUCAAGAAGCAUCUAAUGGAACAUGCUGGCAUUGAAAGACCUAAAUAUCCAUGUGAUGAAUGUGGUGCCCAGUUAAGAUCUCGCGGCAAUUUAAGACGUCACAAAGCAGCGUACCAUAACGAUGGUUCUACCAUUUAUGUUUGCAGUAUUUGCGGUAAAGUGGCAGCCAGUGAAUAUGGUCUAUUGACACAUAAAAAACAUGUCCAUCAAGAGGAGCGUAAGCACAAAUGUACAUAUUGCGAUAAGGCAUUUAAACGUCCGAAAUUUCUUCGUGAACAUAUUGCCACACAUACCGGCGAGGAUCUGUAUCAAUGUCCUCAUUGUCCACAAACUUUUAAGGUUAGUUCCAAUAUGCAUCAUCAUCGUAAAAAAGCUCAUCCCGUAGAGUUUGAAGAGGGCAGGAAAAAUCGUUUACAAUUGCGUAAAGUCGAUAUAACACAAGUAACUAAUCAAGUUGUAAUAUUAAUUACCGACGAAGAAUUUCUUAAAUAUCCACAAGAAAAUAAAGUUCUUUGCCACGACUGUUGGGUGCCUAUUAAAGAGUUCCAUGAAUUUCAGCAGAAUGUUAUAAAGACACGUACAUUGCUGGAGAAAUCGGAUAUAAAACAAUUGCCAUUGACUAUUAAAACGGAAAGUGAAAUUGAGCUGGAUGAGGAGAAAGUAAAUUUAGAAUGUGAUGAUGAUAGAUAUUUUGAUAAAAGUGACGAUGAUAAAGAGGAUGAUUAUGAAAUUGGUUUCGAUGAUAUUAGUGUUAAAAAUGAUUUAGAGGAGAACUCUGUAAGUACAGAUGAUGAAGAUGACGAGAAGCCUUUAAUAAGCUGGAAAACAAGAAAGGUAGUUGAUAAUAAAACAAACAGAACAGAUUCCGAGAGCACCAUUCAAAAACCUAAAGGAAAACGAGGUAGAAAACCCAAAAAUGUAGCUAAAACAAAGGGAACAGGAGAACAUAAUGAUAAUGAAACUGAAAAUACAGACCAGGAUGGAAACGAUAAUGAUAUAAAAACAAAAAAAGCUAAACUAAAUAAUAAUGAUGUUGACGAUGAUAAACAGGAAAAAAGCAAUUCUAAAUUUAAUUUAGAAAAAGCACGAGAAUCUGAUGCAUUCAUCAGGGAAUGGAAACCCAUAUUGGAGUGUGAUUUAUGUGAAGAGUCAUCUACAAGUUUUGAUAAAUUGCGUACACAUUUUCGAGAAAAACAUAAAACUAGAUUCUAUAUAAAGUGUUGUGAGCGUAAGUUCUACCGACGUUAUGUCUUAGUUAAUCACAUACAGCUACAUCUUAAUCCGGAAACACACAAAUGUGACAUAUGCGGAAAAGUAAGUGCUAAUAAAAAUAAUCUUAAAUUGCAUAAACGAUUAAUGCAUGAAGAAAUCGAACAGCUAGAAUGUGAGGUUUGUCAUAAAUUGUUUAAUUUAAAAACCUCAUUAGAUCGUCAUUUACUCACCCAUGUAACGGGCGAUAAGGACUUUGUGUGUCAAGAGUGUGGCAAGGGUUAUGUGCUGGAAGUUCAACUUAAGUCACACAUCAAAACCGUACACAAUGUGGAUCGUGUGUGCGAUCAGUGUGGAAAAACUAUACACGGUAUACAGGCUCUGAAAAAACAUUUAAUGGAACAUGCGGGCAUUGCAAAACCUAAAUUUCCCUGUGACGAAUGCGGUGUCGAGUUGAAUUCUCGUAAUGGCCUAAAACGUCAUAAGGCUGCCUUUCAUCAUGAUGGUUCAACGAUUUAUGUUUGUGGCGUUUGUGGUAAAGUAGCGUCCAGCGAAAGUGCUUUAUUAAAUCAUAAAAAAUAUGUCCAUGAAGAGGAGCGUAAACAUAAGUGUACUUAUUGCGAUAAAGCCUUUAAACGUCCAAAAAAUCUACAAGAACAUAUAGCCACUCAUACUGGUCAGGAUCUGUAUCAGUGUCCUCAUUGUCCGCAAACAUUUAAAGUUAGCGCUAAUAUGCAUCAUCAUCGUAAGAAAGUACAUCCCGUGGAAUGGGAAGAGGGUAGAAAGAAUCGUUUACAAGUACCUAAAGUUGAUAUAAAUCAUGUUAAGAAUCAAGUUCAAUUUAUAAUGUCCACAACAUCUUUGUGUCGUUUGUGUAUCUGUGACUAUACGGAAUGUAAAAGUUUAUUCGAUGAAUUUGGUCAGGGCAAUGAAGUCUACGAAAUUACUGUGAAAUAUUUUGAUCCCAUGUUUCUUAACUCACAACAAUAUCCACAACUAUCUAUGGUUAUUUGUAUGAAAUGCUGGCAUCACAUCAAUGAUUUUCAUAGUUUCCAACAGACAGUACUCAAUGCUCAAACAAAACUAGAGCACGAAUUUAAACAAAUUGUUACCAGCAUUAAAUUGGAAGAAGAUUUGUUAAAUGGUUCAGAGCAACCUUUAACUAUUAAUACCCAAAAUACUGAGGAGCAGGCUUUAUAUCAUAAUGUCUUUAAUAACGUUUGUGUGGAUGUGGAGGAGAAAAAUGAAAUAUUUCUACCGGACUUAGAUGUGGACGACAUUAAGGAUGAUAAUCCCUUUUCAACAGAUGAUGAAAAGCCUUUAUUAGAUAGUAUACCCUUAAACACAAGAAGAAAGCGCGGAAGAAAACCUAAAAAAGAAGACGAUAUCGAUAAGGAUAACUCCAGUGUAAAACGCACAAGAAAACCUAGAAAUAAAAACAAUACAGAAAGUAAAACCCAAUCGAAAACCACCUUGAAGCGCAAAACAAAAACAAAAGAUACAAAUGAUAAAAUUGCUGCAGUUAAAACGGAAAAUGAAACAGAAAAUUCUCAAAAAAAUUUAGAAAACAAUGAACAUGAUACUAAUAUUUCCUCAAAUGAGGAUGACGACGAUGAUUAUGAUAUUGAACACGAUGAGAAUGAUAAUGAUGAUAGCGAUAAUAAUCAUCAUCAAGAUGAUCCAGAUGCCUUUGUUUCAUCCAAUGAUAAACAGAAGCCGGGCAAACAAAAAACUAAAGAAAUCGAUGCAUUUAUUGCCGAAUGGAAACAGGAAUUGGAAUGUGACAUAUGUAAUCUUGCUUUUACAAAUUUAACUUUUCUAAGAAAACAUUUUAGCAUAGAACAUCCCAAGCAGAAAUGUUAUGUUUCCUGUUGUCAACGUAAAUUAAAACAUCGUUUUGAUAUAGUCGAACACAUACGCUAUCACAUAGAUCCGAACACUUUUAAAUGCAAGCUAUGCGAUAAGGUUUCUACCAAUAGCCGUAAUCUGAACAAACAUAUGCAUGAGAAACAUACAGCCGAAGGUCAAGAGCGUCCCUUUGAAUGUACAAUAUGCCAAAAACGUUUUGCUAAGAAAUGCACUCUGAAAACGCAUAUGGAAACACACGAUACAGGCAAAGAUUAUAAGUGUAGCGAAUGUGGAAAAGGUUUCUCUACCGAACAACGCCGCAAAAUACAUGAACGUAUGGUUCACAAUGUUGAUCGUGUUUGCGAUCAAUGUGGCAAAACUAUACAUGGUGUUUAUGCUCUAAAACAACAUAUACUCGAACAUGCUGGCAUUAAAAAACGUAAAUGGCCCUGUGAUCAAUGUAAUGCCGAACUAAAUUCUCGUUCCAGUUUAAAACGUCACAAAACGGUGGCACAUCAUGAUGGUUCUACGGUGUAUGUGUGUAGUGAAUGUGGUAAAAUUGCUCCUACCGAGACGGCGUUACGUAGUCACAAAAAAUAUGUCCAUCAAGCUGAGCGUAAAUUUAAAUGUACCAUUUGUGACAAAGGCUUUAAAGUUGCCAUUGUAUUGCGCGAACAUAUGGCUACUCAUACGGGAGAAGAUUUAUAUCAGUGUCCUCAUUGUCCAAAGACAUUUAAAGUUAAUGCCAAUAUGCAUCAUCAUCGAAAGAAGGCCCAUCCCAAAGAAUGGGCUGAAGGAAGAAUGAAUAAACCGAUUAUUACAAAAGUUGACGUUAAUUUGGUAUCAAAUGAAGUGGUUAUUGGAAGUAAAUCCAUUUUCUUAACUAUAAUGGCAGCAACAGCAUUAUGUCGUUUGUGUAUUUGUGCUCACAGCGAAUUUAAGAAUCUAUAUGAUGAAAUUGGACAGGGAAAUGAAAUCUACGAAAUUACAGUAAAAUAUUUUGAUCCUAUGUUCCUUAACUCCCAGCAAUACCCACAAUUGUCUAGGGGUAUAUGCAUACAAUGUUGGCAGCAUAUCGACGAUUUCCAUAAUUUUCAGCAGUCCGUUCACAAUGCUCAAAUGAAAUUCGAACAGGACAUUAACGAAAUUGCAACUAAUAUUAAAUUGGAAAACGGCUUAGCGACAGAAGUAGAAACCUCAAAUCAGAAUAUAAGUUUUAACGAAGAUGGAACUAGAGAACUCUGUUUAACACAGUUAGAUAUAAUAGAGGUGAAAAAUGAAGAUUCUUUCGCACUUGAAGAGAAGAUGGAAGAUGACAACGAUCUGAAAAUGGAUUUGUUGGAGGUAUUACCCAAACGAUCAAGAAAGACCAAACAAACUGAAAUAAAAGAGGAAAAGAAAGUAAAUGUAAGGCAAGGAAAAGUAGCAGUCGCUCCAAAAAGAGGUCGAACAAAGUUAUCACGCAAAGCCGCUAAAAUUUGUCAAGAGAAGUUAACAAAUAAUACUAAACCAAUAAACACAGAAAUACCAAAACAUGAUAUUAACAUGGAAGAGUAUACAAAAGAUAGUGAACAAAUGAACAGUGAAAAUCUGAACAAUAAUUCCAAUUCAUCAAUAACAUAUAAUGAUGGUAAUGAAAGCGAUGAUCCUAAUUAUCUUGCAGAUCCAGAUGCUUUUGUUUCUUCUAAUGAUAAACAAAAAUCAGUUAAAAAAACGACAGAAAUUGAUGAAUUUAUAGCAAAUUGGAGACCACUUCUGGAAUGUGAUCUUUGUCAAGAAAAUUUUAAAGAUCUUACCUUGUUACGUAAACAUUUCAUUUCAGAACAUCCUAAACAAAAAUGCUACGUUACCUGUUGUCAACGUAAGUUAGUACAGCGUGUACAAAUUGUUGAACAUAUUCGAUAUCACUUGGAUCCAAAUACCUUUAAAUGUAAUAUAUGUGGAAAUGUUUUUCUAACUAGCCGUAAUUUAAAUUAUCAUAUGCAUGAUAAACAUACAGAUGAAGGUCAAAAACGUUCAUUCGAAUGCUCGAUUUGUCAAAAAGCUUUUACCAAAAAAGGUGCUCUCAAAAAGCACAUGGAAACUCAUGAUACCGAUCAAACAUAUAAAUGUAGCCAAUGCGAAAAAGGAUUUUCCACCGAACAACGACGAAAAAUUCAUGAACGUAAUGUACAUAAUGCUGAUCGGGUGUGUGAUCAAUGUGGAAAGACUUUACAUGGUGUGGCUGCACUUAAACAACAUAUGCUCGAACAUGCUGGUGUUAAGAAACCAAAAUGGCCUUGUGAUCAGUGUAAUGCAGAAUUGACAUCACAUUCUAGCUUAAAGCGUCACAAAACUGUUCAUGAAACAUCAAAAGUUUAUGCUUGUGAUGAAUGUGGUAAAAUUGCUCCCACCCAAAUGAGCUUACAAAGUCAUAUACGUUAUUCUCAUAAGUUAGAGCGUAAAUUUAAAUGUACCAUAUGUGAUAAGGCUUUUAAGGUUCCCCAUGUUUUACGCGAACAUAUGGCUACUCACACUGGAGAGGAUUUAUAUCAGUGUCCACAUUGUCCUCAGACAUUUAAAGUUAAUGCCAAUAUGCAUCAUCAUCGCAAAAGAGUACAUCCGGUAGAAUGGGAAGAAGGUAGAAGAAGGUGGAUAUAUACAGGCAAAUAAUGCUAAAUAGUAUUGGUGUGAUUUUAUGUACAUAAUUACAAAUGUAUUUGUUUUUUCUUUUCUUUGGAAGGAAAUAAAAGGAGUUUAAAA